UACCCAAGUGUCAAGCUUUUGUAGUGCGGCUACCGUGGCCGGAGGGCUCUGCAAUCGUCUCAGUAUGGCCACUGCCCGGUUCUUGGAGCAACGUGGUGACGAUCCUAGGUCAGUGAGCUGUGUUAGGCUACAGGUAGAGCGAGAUCCAGUCAAGAUACAGGAAAAAGGUGGCUAACUCCAUCGAGUGGAUGGCUCGCAACUUAGCGUUGGACGACGACAAGUUUCUCUCACCAUUCGCCUAGUUCGCAAUGGCCAAUGGAAUAUAUGCCACAGGGAUGUUGAGGGUCUUAGUGUUGCUCAUGGUGUUGGCAACGGCACUAGCAAGCACUGGAAAAAAGCUUAAAAAUUCACCGGCGAAACCUCUUACACCCUUUCUGAAAAAAUACUACAUCAUAAACUAUGAGAAGAAACACUUCACAUUUUUUAGAAAUGUCGGAAUUUAUCAGGAUCUAUUAGAGGAAAUGAACAAACAGAACCGCUGGGCUCUUUGGCUGGUUUUUAAAGAUGACAAUCUUCAUUUUAUGCGCCGGCCUUGUUAUCCACGUCAACUCAAACCGUUGGAUACGAUGAUAGUAUUUGGUGAAAAUAAGGAAGUUGUAAAUGGGAUCCCAGUUACUGUCGACACCUCUGUAAAAGGAACUACAUUGACAAUGUCAAGAAUAUGCCAAAAAGAUUCCAAGAAUAUAGCUUCUAUGGUGACAUCCAUGACAUUCUCCGAGAAUGCAUUAGAAAUCACCAAGACAUUCGAUUUGAAAGAGACCCGACGUAGAGUUUUUCACAAGCAUGAGUAUAACAAGCAUUACAAGACGGACCUGACAGCAAGAUUGAGUGAUGAAAAAGAGGAAUGCCUGAGAGAGCAAUGAUGAGUAGCCUCCAGGCAGAUUUGAUCA